UGGAGAGAAGCGGCGACGGAAUCCGGCGACGGAAUCCCCCGUGGCGCACGAGCCGAAAUGAAGGGUCCCGGCGGUAAAGAACAAAGUGACGCGUACUUGCUCUGAUCAUCCACUUCUUGUGUGUGUGGUUGUGUGUCAUCUAUCUGCAGCGGUGUUCGCACAGACGCGGUUCCCCCUCAACAAGGCCGUGGCGGCGCAGCCGACCAAGACCAAGCAAGGCAGCUCUCCCUGGGUCACACUGCGGGUGCGGUCGGCCACACACCACCACAGCAGACCUGUGCAUCGCGGUGCACGUGUGCUGCCUAUCCUAUGUGUGUGUGAUGGUGUGUAUGGUUCAGAAGAAGGGCGAGAAGCAGAAGGGCGACGAGGGCGAGAAGAAGCGGCCUCUCACAGAGGCCGCCCCUCCCGGCCAUGCGGACAAGAAGGCCCAGGUGGUGAUGGACAGUCAAGGCCAGGAGGUGCGGUCGGAGGUCUUCCACAGUGCCAUGGAGUUCCCACCCCCGCCCACCACCGACACCGACACACCCCGCGAGCCAGAGAAGCCACCCAACAAGAAGCGCGACCGCCCUCCACUGGUCAGCCAGACACACCGACACACUGGGACAGCCACAACACACUCAUCUCGUCUGGAGUUCGUCUGUUUGUGUCUUCAGGCAAAGACCGUCGAAAGGAGUCCCCCCGAGACGUCGGUGCCGCAGACGAGCAGCGUCACGUCGGCCAUCUCCCAGGCCGACCAGCCCGAGCAGACGGUCAGCACCGGCAGCGACUACAAGCCUCCCGCGAUCAGCAUCCACACUCCGUCCGGCAACACCAUCCCCUUCGUCCACAGAAGCGUCACGGCACUCGCUGACACACUCCUGCCCGCCACCCUGCAGGCGGCCGCACUGCAGGCCCAGGCAUUUGCAGGAGAGGCAGAGGGAGGGGGAGGGGAGGGGCAACAGCUGCAGCAGGACAAACAGCCUGCAACGGAGAGAGAGGGGGUGGUGGGGGUGGGUGUGGGUGACCAGCUGAGUCAGCUGCUGACGGGGGUGCCGAGUGCUGGCGGCGGUGGUGGGCUGUGGAUUGAGGGCGGGAAUGGCGAGGAGGCCGUUUAUGUCGACACCAUGAUGCGUGAGCCGAUGAGCAGCCCCUAUGUGGGGGCCGUGGCUGAGCCCUUCAGACGCGGAGCCAUACCGUGCUGCGAUUUGGUCAUGUGGAUGUGGCCCAUGUGACCUACUUGCAGACAGACAGACAGCUCGACAGACCGACACACACUCGAGAUCAGAUUUUGGUCGGUGCUGCUGGAAGGGGUGUUUGAUCGUACUUUUAUCGGUGUGUGAUGUGAUGCAUACGUAGUGUUAUCUAGAUAGAGGUUGUAUUGGUUGCGUCGGUGGCGUGUUGGAGGGAGCGCUUACUGCGUUUGUUUGUUGUAGGGUAGGAGUGGGGCGGGGCGCCUGGUAGCUAUGUUGCCAUCCAUGCAUCCAUCCAUCCAUCCACACAUUGACACGUUUGUGUAUGUUUCUUACUCUCUGCCACUUAUCCAUCCAUUCCAUUCCAUUCCGCCACACCCUCCCUCCCCCCUCGCCUCUUCUCCCCCAUCCAUCCAUCCAUCCACUCAUCCACUCACUCGAUCCUUUUUGUGAUUGAUUUCACUUUUUGCAGUUAGUUGAUUUAUCCGCAGUUGGCUUGGCUUGGCUUGGGGGGUCUCACUCCACUCCCCGUGUGUUUCUUUCUCGAUGGACGCUUGAUGGCAUGGCAUCGGUGGGUGGACAGCGGGCACAAAGAUGCUGUGUUGUGUGUGGUCGGUUCGUUUCUUAUAGACAGACAGACAGACAGACUUGGUGAGUAUGGAUGGGAUGGGAUGCUUUGUGUUGUGUGUAUGUCUGCGGCGUGUGUGUCUGUGUGAGUGUCUGUGCCGAGCGAGUGUGCUGCGUGGCGUGGUUGCUUUCACACUCACACAGACGGAUACACUCACUGGCUGCACUACCUACCGCGUCAGCUGCUGUCGUCCUUUAUGGUCAAGGCACGUCAACGAAUUAC